AUGUGUCGCUACCAGGGUCCGCAAGUCACUGCAUACUCCACUAUGCAUAACCAAGAGCUGCUCGCAGAAGAAAACAUGGACCCCUGUCGAGUACUUGAUGCUAUCGAAUCAUGGCCACCGAUAACCAUGGAAACCUAUUGUUACGCGAGUGAAUUAGAACAAACGACAGGCCAAACAGAGUGGACAGAUGGGAUCAAUUCGAGAUAA